ACAAUGAUCACUAACCAUCCCACACACUGAGCCUAAAUUCCAAACAAUUCCAUUCCUCUCUUGCUUGCACCCUCCUACACACCAUUGUCUCCUUUAUUACUUUGUUUUCAACCCUCUGCCCCACCUUUUCCCCUCCCUCUCUUGCUUGCACCCUCCUACACACCAUUGUCUCCUUUCUCUAACCCUCUCUUUCUUUGUCUCUCACACUUCACAUAGUAUAUAAAUAUGCAUAUAUUUUUAUUCACAUGACCAGCCUACAAAACACCUUUUUCCCCCCAAAGACCACUCACCACCUCUAGUUUAUGAUAUCUUCAUUUCUCUCUAGUUGUUUCAAGGGAAGAACAAGUGCUAUUUGGGAACCACAUUGAAGAAGUGAGAAAGAGGAAGCUCCAAAAGCAUAAGAAAAAUAAGACUGAAGAUGGAAAGAAGUCUAAAUUACUAUGUGCUACUUCUUGUACUUGGUCAUUGCCUUUGUUCAGGUUCAAGUAGGACACAGAAGGAAGCACCAGUACAUAUGAAUGUACUAAGGCAUAAUGAAGAAAAACAACUAAAAUUUACAGCCUCAAAGUCUACCACUCAAAGGGAUAUCACCACACCAAUCACCACAAUUCCCAAUUUAGUUCCCAUCACUUCAACAAAUCCAAUCCUGAAUCCAAAUUCCAACCCAGAUACAGUCUCACCAGCCUCCACACUCCCAAUCACAACUCCUACCAUGCCAAAUAACUCUCCAGUGUCCUCUUCAGGUGCAAGCUGGUGCACUGCAAGCCCAACUGCAUCACAGAGAGCCUUACAAGUGGCAUUGGACUAUGCUUGUGGAUAUGGUGGCACUGAUUGUUCUGCAAUUCAACCUGGUGGAAGCUGCUACUUCCCAAACUCUGUCAGAGACCAUGCUUCUUAUGCCUUCAAUAAGUAUUAUCAGAAGAAUCCCGUUCUUAAUAGCUGCAAUUUUGGUGGAGCUGCUGUCAUCACUAGCACUAACCCAAGUACCGGGGCAUGUCAAUAUGCAUCCACUAGUAUUAGUUCAUCAGUCUUGAACACAACAAACACAAGUGGUGCAAAUGUUUUUGGUUCAGUACCUGUGCCCAAGAACCCCUCUGCCUCUGCUGCUGCAGCUGCCACAUCAGCUAGAUUUUUACAAUUUUGCCUCAUUUUAUGGCCAUUAGCAAUGUUGGACAAGAAUUAUCUCUAACAAGAAUGAGAGUUAGAUUUUGCUUGGAUUUUGGUCUUUAUUGUACUAGAAAAGCACAUAGGUACAAUCCAUCAUAAAUAUGACAUACAUGAUAGAACACUUUGUAGAAAAGUAGCAAUUAUAUGAAGGGCUUCUGUAGAUAUUUACACCGUACAUUACUUUUGUUUUCCGUUCAUAUAUGUUUAUAGUGUUUAUAUUGUUUUUA